AUGAGGAGGAGAAGAAAGCUCCUGCUCCGUUUUGCCGUCAGUCCUAGCAGGAGUCGGGUUGCUGCCGGAGUGCCCGGGGCCGUGGACAUAUUUCCCUCUCACUGGAUUUUCAAAUUGGACUCCAACAAACUCUCCCAGGUCGAAGAUGCUCUUCUUUCUGGUAUCUGUCGUGGCUCUGGUGCUGAGCUGGGAAUCGACGGUCUCCGGAGCAGUAAGGACAAAUGGCUGAGCACUGUGGCUCAGUACAACAAGGACAGAUCCUGGAACAGAUUCAGAGACGAAGCAGAGGAUGAUUAUUUCAAAAGCUGGGCUCCUGCAAAGUCUCUAGACCAUGAGCGAGAGACAGAGCCAAGAAGAUUUGGAGACCGAGGUCCCAAAUCCCACACUGGCUCAGCCAAGAGGACAGUGCAGGAUGGUCCAGAUGCCACAAAGGAUCCGUGUCUGAAAGUGCGCUGUCCUCCUCACAAAGUCUGUGUCAGUCAUGACUACCAAACUGCCAUCUGCACCAAUCAUAAGCAGCAGCCACACAGUGUGAAACCCAGAAAAGGCAGCAUAAGUCACAAGCACAGGCUUGAAGUUGGUCCUCAUGGGAAAUGCAGGUUGUGUUCAGCACUCCAGUCCAGUCCUGUGUGUGGGUCAGAUGGUCACACAUAUUCCUCCAAGUGCAAGUUGGAGUUCCAGAGCUGCUUGUCUGGAAAGGCAAUUUCAGUCAAAUGUGAAGGAUUGUGUCCUUGUUUGCCUGGUCAGGAGCUCAACAAACCGCCCCACAAGACUGACAAGGCCGCGUGCGCGGACACGGAGCUUCACAGUCUGGCUGCCAGAUUAAAGGACUGGUUUGGCAUUCUUCACCUCGACGCCAACAGAGACCUCAAAUCCUCUGACAGCUCUGACUCCACCGCCGGACACUUCGACACGAGUAUCUUACCCAUCUGUAAGGACUCACUAGGGUGGAUGUUCAACAAGCUAGAUAUGAACUUUGACCUCCUGUUGGACCAAUCAGAGCUGAGCGCUAUCUACCUGGACAAAUAUGAGCUGUGCAUGAAGCCUCUCUUCAAUUCCUGUGACUCUUUUAAGGACGGCAAGCUGUCGAACAACGAGUGGUGCUACUGCUUCCAGAAGCCUGAAGGACUGCCUUGCCAAACCGAGAAAAGCAGGAUCCAGAUUCAGAGUCGAAGGAAGAGCCUCAUAGGCUCCUAUGUUCCUCGCUGUACUGACGACGGCUACUUCAAGCCGACACAGUGUCACGGCAGCACCGGCCAGUGCUGGUGUGUGGACAAAUAUGGCAAUGAGAUUGCUGGCUCUAGAAAACAAGGCAACCCCAACUGUGACGAGGAUCAGGACGCCUCGGGGGAUGACGGCAGCGGUGGCGCCGUCAUUCUCCUCGACGAGCAGGACGAGGAGCCAACGCGGAGCGGGCAUAGCCGACAGAAGAAGAGGCGGGGUAGGAUCCACCCCCGAGGCGCCAUCGAGGACGACGAAGACGGGGAAGACGACAAAGAUGAUGAAGUCGGUUACAUUUGGUAGCUCCGUUCCAUUUAGUCUGCCAUCAGCCGACCAGGAAACGCCCGAAACUCAGCACAGAUCUGAAGCCAUUCCAAUGUCUCCUCCAGUUACCGUGGCAGCAGUACAUCUUUUGGCUCCUGAUCUUUCUCUCAUAA